UCACAGGCUAAUGCAGUUUCCCACCAUGCCAUCAAUCUCCGUCUGUGGAACGUCUGACCGUCACCCAGGUUGCCUUCAUCCGUCCCGUCACCCCUAGGGCACCGCGCCGGACCAGCUGGAUCUGAUCUCUGGGUGUUUCCAGUAGCGGGGAUGAAACCGAAGUAGUGAUUAAGGAGCGUUUCCUCCUCGUCUUUCUCUUCUCCAGAAGCGGAGCUUGGCUUUCACUCUCCUACCGGCGGAGAUAUGAGGAAUCCACUGGCCGAUUUAGCCCUGACAUUCUGGCUAUUUCUAGAGUGUGUAGAAGCAAAAAAGUACUGCUGGUAUUUUGAAGGCGGAUACCCUAUCUACUUCAUAUGUCGCUCCUAUGAGGACUGCUGUGGGACUCGCUGCUGUGUGAGAGCCCUGUCCAUCCAGAGACUAUGGUAUUUCUGGGUGCUGCUGAUGAUGGGAGUGUUGUUCUGCUGCGGUGCUGGGUUCUUCAUCCGCAGAAGGAUGUAUCCGUCCCCUCUGAGAGACGAGCCAGCGUUCAACGUCUCCUUCACCAGGCACCCUGUCACCACACCAGUUUCCCAGCAGCCAGGAAGUAUGCAGGGCUUCGGGGUCAACGGGAUGACAGGUGGUGACCCAGGGGUUGCCAUGACACACCCAGCAUACCCAGCACAACCUGGCUCCGCCCAUAUGGUGAUGGGCUCCUAUCCCCCACCUCCGUCCUACUGCAAUCACCCACCACCACCUUACGAACAAAUAUUUCAGAACAGCGACAAGAAGUAACGUCUGAUAGGCACUAAGGAGAUCGAACUUGACAAGAAAGAGGGAAGGAAGGACGGAUGCAGUUAGAGGCUGGGAAAUCAGAUGAAGAUGAGGAAGAGGAGAGCCUACCAAUUGUUUGCAACUUAACUGUUUUUUUGGAUGAAAAACGUGGAAAACACACCAUCUGUUGUUCUGUGGAAAAGACCAAAAGAAGCACAGUAACCAGAAUCUAGAUGCACAGACACACAAGCGUUCCCUCAUACACACACACAUACACACACACUGCUUCAUCUGGAGUGAUUAAUUUACUCUUGGUUUAUGUGGAUCUAUGUGUACAGCGACCACGCCAGCCUUGCUGAACUGAGGACGAGCGAGGAUGGACCUGUUUUUGUUUUUUUUUGUUUUUUUGUCAAGGUUUUGGAUUCAGUCACUGUCACCUCUCUCCUCCACCUUCCCAGUGCAACUACAGCUAUAACUGCGCAAAAUGGAGCAGAAAAUGCCUGUCAAUCUCAUAAUGUAUUAAAAUGCUGGAUAUAUGAUUUUUAAUUAAGAGUAAUUAGAAACGGCUCUUAAAACCAGUUUCAAGGCACUGACUCAUCUCUUAUCCAACAUUUUACUGCAAUGUGGGCUUUUUACUAAAUGAUGAGUUCUUGAUACAUUUUUUAUUACAGUAUGUGUAGUCCAGUUAUGUAAUGGCAUAAUGAACUACUACAGCAGUCACUGGCUCAUUCUCCUGUUAGCAGAGAUGAAGGCUUUUAGUUCACCAUCAGACAUGAACAGGGUCAUGCUGCGAUGGAAAAGUGGCUGAUGGUAUGCUGUUCUUGUUCUAGUGUCAUAUGGCUGCUGCAUAUAAAAAUGGCAUGUCACUUGUGUUCCACUGCUACCCACUGGCAUAUCCUGCCUCAAGUUGAACCUAUAUGUGCCACUUCUCAACUUCACUUUUCAAGGACUGUGUAAAACUGGUGGUUAACUAGCUACAUGCUAGUCUAGCAGAGCGAGUGCAGCUUUGGAAAAAGUUUGAUCAUUUGAUCAAACGCUAGCUAUAUGCUGCAGAUGUUGCAGUCACAGAAGAGCAGAUAAAGCAGUUGUUAUCCUGACUCGGAAGUCAUUAUUUCAAGAUGGUUACUCGCUCUGCUAAGGCCUGGUCAUAGUAGCAUUAAAAACGUUGCAAUUUUGCAGCGAAUUUAAUUGAUUCAGAUGGUGUCAGCGCAAAUAGUGGUUUUCCUCAUGGUAGCAGUGAAUCUGCCUGAAUUUACUGCCUCGAGUUCAAUCUUGCUGAACCCUGGUGCAAAUGUGCAGUCGACCAAUAGCAGGCUGUCUUGACAGUGAGUUGAAUGGAGAUGAGCUUAACAGUCCAAAAUGGAGGAAGCUUUUGCAGCUUAUUAGCUGUGUUGCACUAUUCACUUUAAUUUAACCUUCUCAGCCAGAGUAACUAUGGCUGAUCCAGCUAGCUAGCAUGUUGCCACCUACAGCUAUUCACCAACUAGCAACUUGGCUGCUACAUCACCCAGCUCCUUCAAUCAAAUAUUUAGCUAAAGGCCUAAAUUAGCUUCUUUUGUUGGACUUACAUUUGGAACUGUUCAUUAACGAGUGAUAGUUGAUACAAACAGCGGACAGCUCCUUUUGCAGAUUGCAAAACAAGUGUUGAGACAAGGGUUGAGAUGGGAUGAAGGGUUGCAGGGUCAUCUUCUCUGUAGGCCCACUUUAUUGAGAAAUACUUGGGACAAAUUUAAGUUAAUGGUUGAAGGGGCCUCUAGCCAUAAACCCAAAUAUGUGCUAGUAUUUAAGUAAGAGGGAGAGGAAAGAGAGAAGUGGAUGCAAAUGGUCGUUCAUCUCCUCUGAGUGUGAUGUUGUAGUUGAGUACUGUGUAGGAGCUGCAGCAGUGAUCCAUGUCCCUCAUCUGACUUUCCUGCUGAAUCAUUGAGUGUAAUGUGCCAAGAGCCUCGUACAUCGAACGAGCUCAGAGUGGCUCAGGGCAACUUUAGGAAACAAUUACUUUUCACUUAGCUGAUUUCUCCAAAGCACGGCUGUUAAAGCUCCCCAUGCACUUUCUUUUGGAGGAGAAGCAGUUGCUCGAGACUGGCUGUUUCUGUUUUAACUAGUCAUUCACAUUAUCUGAUGGUGUUUAAUUUUACAUUUGUCUCCUUCAGAUUUAUGUGAAGAUAUUUAGUUUUCUUUCAAGUUCUUGCAGCAAACGUAGACAUAUUAACGGUGAAGUACAGAAUUAUUUUUAAAAAGCCAGGAGGAAUAUGGUAAAGUUGUCAUGGCAACAAUUUCUGCUCAGGUAAAUCAAAUCAAUCCAAAUGUUUUUUUCAACGUGGUCAUUAGAAAUAUCUGGUGAAAAUUGGAGGAAAUGGAGCCAAACUGGACUCUAGAUGAGAAGGACUUCCUGUAAAUUGGUAAAAAAAAAAAAACAACUUUAAACUUAACUAAAUUACUAUUUAUUGACUUAUUUGAUAAUACACGUAGUUAGGCUGCCUUUUUAGCAAAUAUGUAUUUAAUUUGUGUCUAAAUUAUUUCUUCAUAAACACAUCCUGGUAUUGUGUAAGUAUGAACAUUGAUAGUAGAUUUCAGUAUGAUGAUCAAGACCAAGUGAACUGCACAAACAAGCACCUUUGUUCCUUGGUUUGAAAUAACUCUGUGUGGUAAAUGUGACUGUAUGAGAUGGAGGAAGAGAUCCAGUCAUCCUCUCAGACACUCUGCUGAAUAUAGAAUGGCUAGAUUCUCUCAGCAGGGCGUCUAUCCUUCCUGUAGUAGAGAUGAAAAAGAGGGCAGCCGGUUCAGAGGCAGAUAGAGCCUGUCCUCGCCAACACACACAGUUUAUGGCUGUGUUUCACACGAAUUUAGACUUAACAGCUAGGGCUUGACAGAUUCUGUUUUUUUACAGGUCUCCUACAAGUCACUAUUUUGUGCUAACAUACCAUGUCUAGCCCUGAUCCAGGGCUGUGUAUAUUAUAGCCCUGGUGUCUCUAUCGCUCAUGAAAUAUGUUUUGUUGAUAGACGUGUUGGUAGGUGGUAAAUCAGACAGAGCCACACUAGCUGUUUCCCCUGUCCAGUCUUUAUGCUAAGCUAAGCUAACUGGCUAUUGGCUGUAGCUUUAUAGAUCUGCAGAUGGCUGCAAUAAACCUUCCCUCACAACAGCCAAAGCUUCAGUUUUACGGCAAAUUGACUUCCGGUAACAAAUUUUAUUAGCAAUUCUGUGACUAAUGAGUAUAUGGUUCUGGAUCAGGACUGUACAGUGUCAUUAACUGUGAUCAUUUUCAUGCCAAAAAAUUAAUGAUUUUUGCCAAAACUGCACUUAUCAGGCUGGAAGAAGCUUUGAAAGCCAGAGUGAAAGCCCAGAUAACAACAGGAUAAAUAACUGAAAUCUGAUCAAAGUCUCAUUAGAAUCAGUUUUAGAUUAAAAGCUUCCCUUUGUCAACCACUAAAGUGUCAAACAAACUGUAUCUUAACUAUCACAUGAAUGAGCUAACAGGCCCUGAUCACAAAUUUACAUGUGCUUACUCAUGGUUCCUUAUUGCUUGUGUUUAGAGAAUACUGCAAUGUCCUGGGAAUUGAUUCCACACUGCGUGUUUGUAAAAAGGUAACAUUUUAGCUCUAGUAUGUACAGAGUGGUGUGUGUUAUUUUGCUGAAGAACAGAAUGACUGCUCCAGUGGAGUAAACUUGUGCUUUUGAUUCUUUUGGACUUUUGUGCUGCAAUAAAUACCCUAGAUGAUGAUGUGGUAGUUUACAAGAGGUAGCUGAGCUCUUUCUGUAGCAUAGUUUUGUCCUCACUUCCAUCCCAUUGAUACACUUACUCAACCAGCACCUACCACACUGAAAACACAAUGGGCCUUAUCCAAGAAUCUUCUGUUGUUGCUGUGAGAUUUGCUUCAAUCGCAAGAACCUCCUGUCAAACCUCUCAGCCAUGGCCAUUAAUUUAGCAACAAGAGGUACUCACACAUUUCAUACGUACGUACGACAACUGUAAAUAUGAGAAAAUUUGGAGAAUACGACAGAUUUCCUUGUAUGACUGUUAUGCCGCACUAAUCUGUUUGGUUCUUGCAUGAGGCCUAUUAUUCCUUGAAGUGGGAUGAGGAUUUUCAGUUGUUGUAAUUGCAUCUGGUGGUUGUAACAGGUUCCACAGCUUCUGGACAACAGGCUGUCGACAGUUCCAUGUUAAAAAUGAAAAAUCAGUGGUCUUUUUUUUUUGUUUUUUAAGGGAAGUGAACAUUUACCUUGUGGCUUGCAUGGCUAAAUUAAGUUUUAAAAAAUGAUAGGGAAAAAAAACAUUGUCACUGCAUGUGGUAUAAAAUCAUUUGGCAUUUCUUACACAAGUGGAACUUUUGACCUGAUGGAGUGGAAGAUGAAUUCUGUCAUUAUUAAUAACAGAUGAAUAUAUGUUCUCAUUAUUAUGACUUGAUAACUAAAUGACAUAGUAAUUUGAAAUUCAAUAGUAUCUUAUAACUUUAAGAAACAUCUUUUGUCAUCAUCAGUUAUGGAGGUUUGUCAUAAGUAUAACUGAAUCAGUCGUAUGAGAUAUGAAGCCAUAGAGAGUUAGCAAAUCAUAAGAUACUGUUAAGAGAUGUCUCAGAAUUACCCAUCAAAAUUUUUAAAAAUUAUAAUAAAAAAAAGGAAAAGAAAAACUUGGUGAAUUUUCUUAUAGAGGCAGAAUUAGGCCUCUACUGGCUGAAGGAGAGAACCAGCAAAUUUAAAAGUACAGUAAUGUGGCCUGUUGUAUUUUGCAUUUUAGAGAUUUAAACCUGAGCAGGUCGUCUGAGUUAAAGGCAAUUGCUGAUGCCCUUUGCUUAAUAUAUGAGGAAUUCACCCACAUCCAGUCUUGUGUGUCUUUCUUUGUCCUUCCCAAAUGUGAUAUAUUUAAAGAGUAACCACAGCCUGUCCUCCAGUGGACUCCCCUUAUGACACCAGAUGUGGUUGUAAAAGCUUUGUACGGCAGCAAAGCCUGUAUUUACUCUGUUUGGAUAAUUUAAUGCCCAUUUUCAGAUUCAGAUUUAAAUAUUGUUUACGACAUUUUUGGGGGUGGGGGGUGGGGGAUUCCUGCCCUGGUCCAUCCUGCUCUUUAGACAGUUCUGGUGAUGUUUCACAGUGAAAGAACAUCUGUAGAGCACACACCUCUGUAGAGUCAAUGCGAGGCCACUUUAGAGACUCUUCUGACCCCAGUCUGGGCUCCUACAGGGAACCAGUAGCACAAUUUAGAAUGAGAAGGGGGCUCCUUGCAGCAACAGAGUCUCUUUCGGUCUCAGGCUGUUUGAUAUUGGGAAUACAUAGCACAAUAUUAGAAAAGGUAUUCUGUUUAAUCAUGUCAAACUAUGCAACAGAUUCUGUAAUUGGUAAAGCAUCUUAACCCUGUGUUCUCUCUCCCUUGUUAACUUCUACUCCUUUUGAUCUGCUUUGAGGAUUUCAACAUAAAAUACCCUUAUACAUUGUGAAAUAUGUAAAUAAACUUCACUUCUGAUAAAAUGUUAUAA